CACCCGCCUGAAGCAUAAAUGCCGAAGACGCAGUGCAGUUUCCUGGUUGACGGUGAAAAUAAGCUUCCAAAAAGCCAUAGAAAUUGUAAUUUCAUUGAUGUUGCGCCAUUGAUGUAACGAAUGCCAAACUCACUAUAAAAUUGAAGUAGACGAAGACAUAAUAAUUCUCAUAAUUCUCCUCUCAUAAUCCUUGACAUCACACAUUAUUUUUCAUCUCUUUACAGUUUACAAAUGGGUUCUGUGGUCAAGGAGGUUGCUUCAGAGCUUCUUCCUUUUCUUCGGGUUUACAAGGAUGGCUCGGUUGAGCGGCUAAGUGGCUCUCCGAUUGUUCCAUCGUCACCUGAAGACUCAGUAACUGAGGUCUCAUUCAAAGACAUCACCAUUUCUGAGAACCCCCGUAUCUCAGCUAGAGUUUACCUUCCAAAAUUAACCCAACCUGAUAAAAAACUCCCCGUUUUGGUCUAUAAUCAUGGCGGUGGCUUCUGCUUUGAAUCCGCUUUCUCUUUAGUCGAGACGAAGUUAAUGAACAGCUUGGUUUCUGAAGCUAAAAUUGUUGCGGUUUCAGUAGAGUACAGACUAGCUCCUGAAGUUUCUAUUCCUGUUGUUUAUGAAGAUUGCUGGACAGCGCUGAAAUGGGUUGCAUCACACUCGGCUGAUAAUAAUGGCAACAACAAAGAGCCGUGGCUACAAACUUAUGGAGAUUUCGAUCGAGUUUUCAUCGGCGGAGAUAGUGCAGGAGCCAACAUUGUGCAUAAUAUACUCAUUCGUGCUGGCCAGGAAAGUCUGCCUGGCGGUGUAAAGAUUUUCGGAGCUUUUCUUACUCACCCAUACUUCUGGGGUUCAAAGCCAAUUGGGUCAGAGAUUGGGGGUCCAGAACGUGAGAAGCUUGCGCCUCAUGCGGUUUGGAACUAUUUAUAUCCAAUGGCGCCCGGUGGCGUUGACAAUCCGAUGAUAAAUAUUGUUGCCCCGGAAGCGCCAAGCUUGGCUCAACUUGGGUGUCGUCGGUUGCUGGUGAGUGUGGCGGAACUGGAUGUGCUGAGGGAUAGAGGUGUUUUAUACCAUAAUGCUGUGAAGGAAAGUGGGUGGAAAGGAGAGGUGGAGCUUGUUGAAGUUGUGGGAGAAGACCAUGCCUUCCAUAUCUUGAAAUACGAGACUGAAAAUGCUACGAAAUUGAUCAGACUCUUGGCUUCGUUUCUUCUGAAGCUGUAGAAUCUAUGCAUCAUGUCAACGAAAAUAGAAUAAAGAGAGGUUUAGAGUUCAUGAAAUACCACAUAUCGAUCUUCUUCUCUUUCAUAAAAUUUACUCCUGGUGUCUAAGCUUUCAGAACAGAAAUAAUUCAAGUCGUCUGAUUUGUAAUACAGUCUAAUUUCUUUCUUAUUUUCGUUUUUGGCAUAUUUUCCAUCUUUCCACAUAAAAGUUCAGGUUAAUGAAAAUAUCGAAUAAGCAAAUCCGGCGUUCUGCAGUCAUGCUGGCAGUAGCUACAUUUCCAGGAAAUUCAUUUAUGAGAAUUUUAAGCUUAUGCA